CACGCGUAUAGUUAGCAUGUACAACCUGCCCACCGCUAGGAAACGGUGGAAAAUGUUUUUUUGAGCAGUAUGACAAAUGUGUGACAACGACAGAGCAAGUAUGCGAAGCGUAAACUGAUAUUAUACCGAAAAUCGAUCAUGGCACGUAUGUCUUCUCUGUAACUGACUUGCCCGUAGCAGUCUACUGAAUGUGAUGCACCGUGUCAUCAAGCAACCAGAACACGAACGCUAAGUGUCGUUUUCAGUGUCACUGUACUUAUACCAAGAUAUCGGCAGUAUUUCAACGCUGGAUAUAAGGUAUUCAAGGAAAUUGAGAGAAUUAACAGCAAGUGAAAAGAUUAGGCUACCUAAAUGGGGGAUUACAGCUUUGGAGUCCUUGUUAAAAACAACGCCUCUAACAAAUCCGUUUUCCCCGUAAGAAUUCACCCACACCUUCAGCAUCCGGUACAUCAGCAGACAGCUCCUCAGAGUCCCCCUGCUUUCAUUAAUAGCAACACUCCAAGCAGCGGUGGAAAUGCAGGUUCUGCUUGGCUUUUCCCCACCGUAACAACUCACUCUAACAUGCAAGAUGAGAUUCUGGACCCUGAGAAAGCCAAGGCCCAGCUACAGCACCAGGACAACCAAGAAGAACAGGACAAGCAGCCUGUCUCCCCGCAAGGCCACCAGGAACCCGCAGGCAUCAUAUCCGAUCUGGAGAACCCCGCGCCAGAGGAGACUCAGCUGGAGAAGGGUGCCCUGGAGAACGGUGGUGGAAAGGAAGGCCUGCGUCUAGACUCUCCCGUGCUGUCAGGGUUUGACUAUCAAGAGACUGCAGGCAUCGGGCCUCUGGUGCAGUCCAGCAGCUCGUCGUCCUCCUCUCUGCCAGGCUUCAGCAGCUGGUCCUCAGCUCUUCCAUCCAACCCCUCCAGCAUGAUGGAAGAGGUGGGCUUCUUCAGCCAAGCUGCUGCUACUACGACUACCAACGCUCCGCCACCCCUGCUGUUUCAGAACUUCUCCCAUCACAACACCCCGGCAUUCGGAGGUGGCUUUUCCCACCAGGUCGGGCCGCUGUCCCAGCAUGCCCCUGCUCCUGCACCUCACCCCCACUUUCAGCACCCCCACAGCCAGCACCAACAACACCGCAGGUCCCCUGCAAGCCCGAACCCUCCACCCUUUAACCACCGCAAUGCUGCUUUUAACCAGCUGCCUCAUUUAGGGAAUAAUUUAAAUAAGCCUCCUUCACCGUGGGGCAACUAUCAGAGCCCGGGUUCCACCCCUACCUCCAGCUCUUGGAGCCCGGGUGGAGGUUAUGGAGGCUGGGGUUGCUCUCAAGGCCGGGGAGAGUACAGACGGGGCCUAAAUGGGGGUGUAACUCCCCUCAACUCUAUCUCGCCAUUGAAGAAAUCCUUCCCAAACAACCAGACUCCAUCGCAGAAGUAUUCCCGCAACAACUCCAGCUUCAACCCCAAACCUUGGAUGGAGGAUAACCUCAACCGUAAUGAUGGCAUCUUCCCUUUUCAGGAGCGCAGUCGGUCCUUUGACGGCUUCAGCAUGCAUUCCCUGGAGAACUCCCUGAUCGACAUUAUGAGAGCUGAACAGGAUUCUUUGAAAGGUCGCUUUGGCUUUUCCCACCCAGGUGGCGAUGGCUCUCUCUCUGGGAACGCAAGGAAUUAUGGGAGACGUCGAGGUCAUUCAUCCCUGUUCCCCAUGGAGGACGAGCGUGGGUUCGGGGAGGACGAGCGGUCUGAACAGGGUCUCGGUGGCCUAGGUUCCCCACACUGCUUCCCUCACCAGAACGGGGAGCGCAUCGAACGCUACUCCCGCAAGGUCUUCGUUGGCGGACUACCUCCUGAUAUAGAUGAAGAUGAGAUCACCGCUAGUUUCCGUCGGUUUGGACACUUGUUUGUGGAUUGGCCACACAAAGCAGAGAGCAAAUCCUACUUCCCACCCAAAGGAUAUGCGUUCCUUCUGUUCCAAGAAGAGAGCUCGGUCCAGGCCCUGAUCGAUGCAUGCAUGGAGGAGGAUGGGAAGUUGUACUUGUGUGUGUCCAGCCCCACCAUCAAAGACAAGCCUGUCCAAAUCCGUCCAUGGAAUCUAAACGACAGUGAUUUUGUCAUGGAUGGCUCACAGCCCCUUGACCCCAGAAAGACCAUCUUUGUUGGGGGAGUUCCACGACCUCUUCGAGCAGUGGAGCUGGCAAUGAUCAUGGACAGACUGUAUGGAGGGGUGUGCUAUGCUGGCAUUGACACUGACCCUGAGCUGAAGUAUCCCAAGGGGGCUGGCCGUGUGGCCUUCUCCAACCAGCAGAGUUACAUCGCAGCGAUCAGUGCCCGCUUUGUGCAGCUGCAGCAUGGCGAGAUCGAUAAACGGGUGGAAGUGAAGCCAUACGUCCUGGACGACCAGCUGUGUGAUGAGUGUCAGGGCACACGCUGCGCGGGGAAGUUUGCACCCUUCUUUUGUGCCAAUGUCACAUGUCUGCAGUACUACUGUGAAUACUGCUGGGCAGCCAUCCAUUCGCGAGCUGGGCGGGAGUUCCACAAGCCCCUGGUGAAGGAGGGGGGCGACCGGCCGCGCCACAUCUCCUUCCGCUGGAACUGACCCCGGGGGAGGAGCCAGGGCCUACAGCUUACUGAACUUGCAUACAUGCACUUUUCCAUUUUUGCUAGUUCCUUUUUAUUUAGAGUUCUUUUUUUAAGUAUAAAUUUAAUUUAUUCUAAGUUUUUAAUUUUUUGCAAACUGAUGAUAAAAGAAAAUGGUGUAUUACCAAGAUUUCUUUUUUUUUUUUUUUUUUUUUGUGUAAAAAAAAAAAAUCUAAGUUGGUGCGCAUGAAAACUUGAAUGCUUUAGAUUUAUAAAUAUGGAUGUUUAGCCUGACUUGACUCUAACAUGCUGUUUUAUUUUAAUUGUACUACUGAUGAGGCCUCUUUUUUUUUUUUUUUUUUUUUUUUUUUUUUGUGUGUGAAGGGUCACAUUUAGGACGUGGUCAGAAUGCACUAGUUGACUACAUGGAGAAAAUCAGCAGGAGCAGUCAAGAUGCACAUUUCAUUGUACAUGCAAAUGGUGAUGACUAGUUUUCAGACACUGAGCUCAAGUAGUUGCAUGAAAACGUUUAAUGCUGGUAGUUCUAGCAUAACCUACUUGGACCUUACUAGCAGGAGACCAAACCUACUGUAUAACUAACAAAAUGCUGAUAUAUGAAAGGCUGUUUGAUGAACGUUAGGUGAAAUGGCUCAGACUAUUACGGGAGAUGUGUUGGUGAUAGUUAUGCUUACUCUUAUGCUAACUGCCAAGUGUACAAGAAGCAAAACCUGUAGAAAUAUGCAUUUUAUUUGUACUCGCUGCAAUCAUUUGCAGUAGUGGCCACUUCGGCAUAACCAACUUAGAUAAUGGCAACAUGGCACACCCAGGACAACCUGGUGAGCCUGAGGACCCAAACUCAAGGAUGAUGGUGGGGCAGUCAGCAGUAAGGUUGUCUGUGGCUUAACUUGUAUUAUCUGCUCCACGCGUUUUUAUUUUUUCGUUAGACAGGCGAACCAAAGAUGAGCCUUAGAGAUAAUAAAUGUCUUGACCUCUGUGAAAUCAUGGCAGUUAUUGUUGUGGAAAGAUAAUGGGGUGAUUUAAAUGUUCAUUUGAAUUUGAUUUAAAAAAACAAACAAACAAACAAAUAAUUCUUGUGAUGGUUAUGGCAGUAACAUUUGCUCACUUGUCAGGGAAAUUGUGCUAAAAGCUAACUUAAUAUCGUAUUACUAAUGAGAAUUACCAUGUGUUGUACUGAUAGUGUUUUAUUGCAUGUUUUUUUUUUUUGUUUUUUUUUUCCAUUGGAUUGAGCAUUGUGGUAGCUGAAGACAUUUCAAAGAAUUUUCUGUCACAGAGAAACGAAUAUUAUUUUAUAAGUGGUCUGCUGAUUUUUGUACUGUGUUUUCUAGAUGGUUAUUUUAUCAUUAACAUGAACAUAUGCACUACUUUUCUAUAUAUUGUUUUUCAAGUCAUUUAGGCACAUUCUUUUCACAAAUGGAAAGUCUUUUUGCGAUACCUCAUUUUUUCACUUGUUGGGUAUAGAUUUUGUACCUUUGUUACUAAGAGAUCUGGUUAUAAGUCAAACAUGAAAAUGGAAAAGUUAAUAUACUUUUUAAUUAAGCUUUAUAUAUAUAUAUACACGACAGCAGAGAUUUGAAGGGUAAACAUUGAAUCAAGCAUGAGAGAACCUUGACAUGUGUGGCACUUGUAAAAAUAUAUAAAACCAGCCUAUUCUCAAUAUUGGAAAUGGUACAUUACUUCCCUUUUUACUUCUAGAAAUAAAAUCAGUGUAAAUAAGAUUCUGCAUAGGAUGCAUCUUGUAUCAGAAUUAGGAAUGUUCCAUAGUGAAGUAUCAAUAAUGUUUAGCAUUACAUAUAAUCCUGAAAGGCAGAAAGACUAAUUUUUGCUAAAUAUGCAUGACCUAAAAUUAAGAUAAAGAUGAUCUGGUCUUGGCUUCAUUCAGAUUAUGCUUGUGUUUUAUGUAACUCCUUCCAAGCUCGUAGACAGAAUUAUAACUUUCUUGUACUGAAGGUGAGCAAACAGAAAUACUAGCGGAGUUUUGCUGUGGCCUUGCCUACUACUGCACUCAGAAUCCUACACAGAAUGGAUCUGGGGCUUUCACAUGUGAAUGUGUUCAAUCUUGCAAAAUAACCUAGAGUUAUGUGCAAUACGAUUUUCUCUUCAUAAACAAUCUGAUCUGUAAUUCUUCAGUGGCUCACGGACCUGCGGAAAUUUAACCUGUCCCAUCCCUUAAUAUAAUUCCUUAGUCAUUAUAACACUUUUUUCCAUUUUCCCAUUUGUAUACUAAUAAUACCACUAAUAUAUGUGUAAAAAAAAAAGUUAUUUUUACUUUUGUGUAUUCACAUAUUUUCUUACUUAAUUUCAUGCUACUGUGAUUAAAAUCAUUGUAAAUGGAGAAAUGUAUUAAACAUGUAGUUAUUUUGGACUGGAAUGCUAAACUUUUGUCAUUUUGAACAUAGUUAUCAAAAGUAUACCUAUUAAGAGUUCUAAGUUUUAUUAAUCACAUUGUUGUGCUUCAUGUCUACAGAAGGAUAAGAAAAAUAUCAGAAUAUUCUGUGACUGAUAAUUUAAAUUUACAUAGUUUAUAACUGUAUCAGAAGGUUGUAUUUAUCAAUAGAUUUUUAUAAGAGGUAUAAUUUUUGCUAUGCCAUUUAUAAGUUUAGAUUUUUUAUAUUUUACCACCAUAUGGAGUUAUGUAAAAGAAAGCAUUAUUUUAUAGUUGGGUUAGUCAUUAAUGUGCUGUUGUAGUUGAGUCCUAUGUCUUAAUUAUUUGCCAGCUAUUUAUAACUGUAUGCUUAAUUUCUAAGUAUUUGUAUUGUGAAAUGUUGUAUGAAUAAACUUAAUGAGUAAACUGC